AUGGCCGCCCGCAACAACAAUAAUUCGCGAGGCCCAUCGGGCAGGAAGAUCGAUCCUCUUCUCCCCUAUUCCAUCAUUUCAGAAAAAACGAAGAAACCCAGACUUCGUAUGCGAUCACUUCUGGGCCCCUGCCAUGCCCGAAGGGUGUUGACCUGGCUUUUUGGCGUGGCUGUGCUCAUCACCCUGGUUUUUGUAAAAUCCCGAAAUUCUGGCUACAGUGUUGGAAAAAUGAGCGGCACCAAGACUCAGCAACCCAUUGCGACCGCCACCGUCUUGAACACACACGGCGAAACUGUUGUAAUGCUCACCGGUGAUAUGGAUGGUGAUGGAAAGCUCGAAACCGUUCCUGAAAACGAAUAUGUUACUGCUGAUGAAAAGAAAGAAGUUGCUGCGCAACUUGAGAAGAUGCCUUGGUUGAGAUUUCCUCACCUCGACGGGUACUUCCACGGUCUUCGGACUAUUGUCAGCAAAGCCAACCUUGUUCCCGAAUAUCCCAAUAUUACUGAUAAGGCUCCGAUGCCCUCUCCCACUAUGAGCGAUCAUGUGCCUAAGCCUCAGAAGUACAUUCCUUACGACCAUGGCAGUGAUGUCAAGACCUGCUAUCUCGAUUCCAAGAAAACGGUGCCUGCUCCUGAUCUGUAUGCUUACAAUGGUGUUCCUCAGCACAUGCCGGAUCCCGCCAUCGGUUCGUACAAGCUCCUCGGACUCAGGGACGACGUCUGUUUCGAUCGUUUCAGUCGGUAUGGACCUUACGGCCUAGGUUAUAGCAGAGCCCAGGGUGGUCUAGAUACUGGCUUGGACACCGAGGCGUCUGGUAACGAGCAUGUUUGGACAGAGACUGGGAAAAUCAACUACAUCGAUGUCAACUGGGCAGAUGCACAGGAAGAUUGCUACAAGGCCAAUAAGCAUAGAUUCAAGCAGGUCAACCCUGACACUCAGGAACUCUCGGAGACAAGCGACAAGAAGGGACGCAUUGCUGUCGUCGUUCGAACAUACACCGGCUUCAAGUGGACUGAACUAGCUGUGCUGAACUUCCGGGCGCUCAUCAGCGAGCUAUCCUUGCGAUCAGGUGGUGAAUACCAGGUUCACUUUCUGAUGCAGGUGCGAAACAUUGAUGAGCCCAUCUGGUCUGAUAGGUGGACUGUACAGCGUAUCAUCAAUGACAACGUCCCUGCUGAGUUCCGAGGCCUAGUAUCGCUCUGGAGUGAGCCUCAAAUGAGACUCAUGUACCCCGGACGAUUUGGCGAGACGAUCGAGAACCCCAGUGGUGCCGAUAUCCACGGCAUCUACCGUAGCGCCCACUUCCCCCUCCAAGUUUUCGCUAUGCAACACCCCGAGUAUGAACACUACUGGAACUGGGAGAUGGAUAUGCGAUAUCUGGGCAGCUACUACGAAUUCUUUGACCGCCUAGGCAAGUGGGCCAAGGAGCAGCCUCGAACCCUUCUCUGGGAACGCAGCGCUCGCUACUAUAUUCCUCCCUACCAUGGCACUUGGGAGAACUUUUCUCAAACUGUGCAGCAAGACACUCUGGCCUCAGGUCGCGCUCCCAUCUUCGGCCCGCUAUCGUUCGAGGGCAAGGAACAGCUACGACAUGAUGAGUGGGGUCAGUCGAUGAUGCCCCCUUCAUGCAGUUCUGAUGCUCCCGAUCGAUCCAAAUGUGGCGUUGGUGAAGAGGCUGAUAUUAUCACUCUUAACCCACUGUUCGACACUGAGCAAUCUGGCUGGGUCUUCUCGGAUGAUGCUACAGGUUACAAGGCUCCUCCUCCGCGACGAUGCGCCAUCAUUACUGCAUCGCGUCUCAGCCGACGUCUGCUGAUGUCCAUGCAUGAAGAGGUUUGGCGAUACCACCAUACCAUGUUCUCCGAGAUGUUCCCUCCAACGGUUGCUCUGCAUCAUGGUAUGAAGGGAGUGUACGCCCCACACCCAAUUUUCCUCGACCGAGCCUGGUACCCUUUCAGUGAAAUUGAUGCAGCCUUCAACGCUGGUCGUGAUCACUCGACAUCUGGUCCUGGCAGUCCCUUUGACCAACUCAACGAGCAUAAUCACAAGGGCACCAGUUGGUACUUUAACAGCGAGUUCGCUGGUCUGAUGUGGCGCCGAUGGUUGGGCUAUGCCCAGCUAGAUGGCCGUGGCAAGCAUGGAGGUCGUGCCAAUGAGGGACGGGAGAGAGGUGGCAAGACAGAAGAGAUGAACGAGAACAGCAGCGGCCGGUUGUGUCUGCGUGGUAUGCUGGUGCAUCCCAUCAAGUUUGAACAUCCUUCAGAGAAACCUUGA